GGCAUCGCUCUUUUGCCAAGCACUUUCCCUUUUCUCUUUCUCUUGGCCUACUCUGUUCACGCUCUCUCUCUCUCUCUAUAUAUAUCUCUCAAAACGAUUCCCAAAUUCCUAUUUUCAAUCUCAUUUCGUUAUUUUUUAAUUUCUCUAACGACGACUACGACGAAGAAAAUCGGCGACGAUGUUGCGUUCGUGCUACAGGCCGCUUGAGAGGUGUUUUGGGAGGCGACCUGGUGUUGGUGUUGGUGGUGGUGGUGGUGAUGGGUUGAUGUGGCAUACGGAUUUGAAAUCGCACGCUUCCGGUGACUAUUCGAUUGCCGUUGUUCAAGCUAACUCUAAUCUUGAGGAUCAGAGCCAAGUGUUUACGUUUCCUUCCGCAACUUAUGUUGGGGUUUAUGAUGGCCAUGGUGGUCCUGAGGCUUCUAGAUUCGUUAACAAGCAUUUGUUCCCUUUCAUGCAUAAAUAUGCGACAGAGCAAGGGGGACUAUCAGUUGAUGUCAUAAAGAAGGCAUUUAAUGCCACUGAGGAGGAAUUUUGUCAUUUAGUGAAGCGAUCAUUGCCAAUGAAACCGCAAAUUGCUUCUGUUGGAUCAUGUUGUCUAGUUGGAGCAAUCACAAAUGAUCUCUUAUAUGUUGCAAAUUUAGGGGAUUCGAGAGCAGUUCUUGGGCGGAGAGUUUGCAAGGAUAAGAAAAAACCAGUAGUAGCAGAGCGGUUAUCAACUGAUCACAAUGUUUGUGUUGAGGAGGUUAGGAAGGAAGUUGAGGCUCUUCAUCCUGAUGAUUCACAUGUUGUGGUGUAUACUCGUGGAGUUUGGAGAAUUAAGGGCAUAAUUCAGGUAUCAAGAUCUAUUGGUGAUGUUUAUCUGAAGAAACCUGAAUUUAACAGAGACCCAGUGUUUCAGCAAUUUGGAAACCCUAUUCCUUUAAAACGGCCUGUAAUGACAGCAGAACCCUCAAUACUCAUUAGAGAGCUCAGACCUCAGGACUUGUUCCUGAUCUUUGCUUCAGAUGGUCUUUGGGAACAGCUGAGUGAUGAAGCAGCCGUAGAGAUUGUUUUCAAGUACCCAAGAGCUGGGAUCGCUAAGAGAUUGGUGAGAGCUGCUCUUCAGGAGGCUGCGAAGAAAAGAGAAAUGAGAUAUGAUGAUAUAAAGAAAAUUGACAGGGGAGUAAGACGUCACUUUCAUGAUGAUAUUACUGUGAUAGUAAUUUAUCUAGAUCACCAGAAAGGCCCCUCAAGUGGUGGAUUGAAGCAGAAUGUCAUUGGCUGCACCACUGCUCCUGUUGAUAUUUUCUCUCUAAAUGCAGACCAAGUAGAGAAGGAUUUGCUUCAGUCAAUUUAUUGAAAAAAGGAAACCCCUUUGGAAGGCUGAUACUGACUUCUUGAUUUUUGGAUUAUACUUUGGAAUUACAAAUAUGGGUUACAAAUUGAUGCUGGUCAUGAGAAAGAAUUCAUGGUUGUGUAGAUAAGUUGAUGGAUAGAUGGAUGAGGAUUGAAAUUUGGAUUAAAAAAAAAAGAAAAGGAAAAAGGAAAAAAAAACUGCCAUAAACUUUUCCAUGUAAAGAUCUAACCUUAUUUUUCUACAUUGUGCUGAUGAUUAAUUGAUUAUAGAGAUUAUAUACAAUUUUGUACUAA